AUGAGGUUAGAGCUCAUCUGGUUUGCGGCUCUGCAGAGUGUCCUCGUGUAUGGUGCCAAGUUGUCAGUUGUCAAAGUCAACGUCGAACGGGAGUCCUUUUUGGAGUGGCUUUCGAUGAUAUUGUGGCCAACUACAAUUAAGCCAGAACCCGAAUCAACUCCAGGAUCGACAACUGAGAUACCCCAAAUCAGCAACUAUCCCGUUGGGAGGGAAUGCACCUGUUGCCACUGUGGUCUAAUGAACAAUGUGCCGAAGAUCGUUGGUGGGCACGAGACGUGUCCUCAGCAAUAUCCGUGGAUGGCUGGUAUUCUACUCCUUGGUCACUUCUACUGCGCUGCAUCUCUGAUCAGUGAUCUGUACGUGCUAACUGCAGCUCAUUGUGUUCAAGAUGUGCCCCCGGAGAUAAUCACUGUAAGACUAUUGGCACACAAUCGCAGUAAUAGCGAUGAUCCUGUGGUGCUGGACCGUCUCGCCGUCCAUGUGAGAGCCCACGAGCUAUAUGAUCAGCGCAGUUUCGAGAAUGAUAUUGCCCUCAUUCGGUUGGAACAGCCGGUGACUUUUGAGACAAUCCUGCGACCCGUUUGCUUGCCUGCGCCCGAUUCCAGUUUCGAUGGGAGGGUUGGCAUUGUGACGGGUUGGGGCGCACAGCGGGAGAAUGGAUUUGCUACGGAUAUUUUGCAGGAAGUCGACGUAUUGAUUCUCAGUCAAUCCGAAUGUCGUAACUCCAGCUAUACACCCGCCAUGAUCACCGACUCCAUGCUUUGUGCCGGCUACCUGGGCGAGGGAGGCAAGGAUGCCUGCAGUGGAGAUAGCGGCGGACCGUUGCUUGUGUCACUGAACGAGCAGGAGCCGGAGCAGUAUCAACUGGCUGGGAUUGUCUCAUGGGGCGCUGGCUGUGGCAGACCCGACUCACCGGGCGUUUAUACCAGAGUGAAUCAAUACCUGCCUUGGAUUACAGACCACACAUCUGAUGCUUGCGACUGCACAUCUGAAGCCACACCCAGAGCCGAACAGAAAUUGGUAGUUGGGUUGGCUAAUUGCAGUUUGUAG